AUGGAUGCCGUGGGUGUGGGCCGGGUGAUCCAGGACCAGCUCACCAUCUUGAAACCCUCGGGCUCCAUCAAGGUCACCCCACCAACCUUCCCUACCCCCUUUCCUUUCUCCGCGUCUCCCUCGCUCUGUUUGAUGCCACACGUACGGCCUUUUUUGUCUCCUUCGCCUCUGCCGCCCUUCCCCUCCUUCCCCCGCCCCAUUGGUGGCGUGCGCGCGGCAAUCUGGAUCGUGGAGGACAGCUCCAUGGACGAUGAUGUCAGCCCCUUCCGUCUUCCUACUCUCUCUCUCUCGGCCCCCAUCCUCACUCAACCCCCCACCAUUUCCCUCCCCGCCCUCGACUCCCUUCCGCCCCUCUCACGUGUGUUCUUGCCACGGUCCUGCAGCAGGGCGGGGGGCAGCAGAGCAGGGGCGGCGGGAGGGGCGGGCGAGGACGCAUCAGCGAGCAUGUCCCGGGCGCGCUCUGUGUUCCUCAACGCCGUGCUCUCAGAGCCCGAGGUCGUCGCCCUCAGAGAAGCAGAGUUGGAGGUGGCAGCAGCAGGCAAGGGGGCGGCGGCAGCAGCGGCGGAGGCGCAGAGGGAGGUGGAGGAGGACGAUGCACCGGGGCGCAUAGGCGAGGAGAAGCUGUUCAGCAACAUGAUGCACGAUGAGUGGCUCGAAUACCUCUAUGAAGAAAUCCUCCUGCUCCGGACGGCUUGCUACACCCUCCCUGUGCACCCGUUUCAUUUCUCUCCCGUUUCUCCCCCUGGCACUUUCCUACUGUUUCCCUCUCUAUCUUUCCUCUCUUACUUUCUCUCCCUGCCCCUGCCUUCGCCCUGCUCUCUCCGCACGUGGCCUGGUCCCUCCUACCCGACCGUUCCCCCCCGUCAGAUUGAGCGGCAGAACGAGCUGCUGGCGAACGAGCAGCAGACAGCCAUUUCCCGCCGCGGAGGGAGCGACGGGGGGCCUGCAGAGGGGGAGGACGCAGCGGGGGCAGGCAGGGGCGCGGGGGGGAAAGGAGUGGCUGGUGGUGGUGUGGAGAGGGGGGGAGGGGGGAGGGGAGAAGGUGCGGGGAGGAGUGGAGGUGCGGGGAGUGGUGGGAGGGGAGGGGGGAGAGGACAUGGGGAGGGGGAGAAACGCGAGAAGGGAUCGCCAGGCCUAAGUGGAGUGGGGGACAGCGAGAAGGGUGGGUGUGCCGUGCAUGGCACGCGUGGGCCGAGGUGCCCGGUGCCCAUAUCGUUGCCGGUGUUUGAAUCCACGGCCCACCCGCCCUCGCCCAUGUGCUCCGCUGCCAUGACGCCCAUCUUCCACCGCGCCUCCCAUCUCGGCCCCAACCACGACGACGACUCCCCUUUCCCCUCCUCCUCCUCCUCGUCCUCACACACCCCCCACGCGGCCCAUCACGCACCCUACUCGUCGUCUGUGCUGCCCCCCAUCACCCCCCGCACCACGCGCUUCACCCCACGAGCCUCUGCCUUCUCCAUUGCCUCAACCCCCACCGCCGCCUCACCAAACCUGAAAGCGGCAACCGCAUUGAACUCCUCUCCACCGAUCUCGACCCUGCUGCUCCACAGGCCAUCCCAGGCAGCGUCUGGGUCCCCACACGCUGUGCCAGCCGCCCCUUCUUCCACCAUCACGGAUGCGCUCAGUGCCACACACGCGACACACUCCCUGUCCUCCUCCCCUCUGCACCCGGCUGUGGUAGCAGCAGGUGGGGGCGCAAGCUUGGCCGCGGGGAGGGUAGCAGGGAGGGUUGGGGCAGUGGGGAUGCGGCGGCAGCGGCACAGGAGGGUGGCGACGAUAGGGUCAAGUGUGGACCUAGCAGAGCUGAGGGAGGAGGCAGCACGGCUGGAUCGGUCCAGUGGGGUGGAGGCAGCUAUGGUGGCUGCUGAGGCUGCUGUGUCGGGCGGCAGACAGAUGAUGCGCAUGUGGGAGCGCAUGAGACGAAUCAUGCCGUCCGCUGGCGGAGGGGACCUUGAGGACCCUACCCAGUCUGCCUCCCCCGGGUCGCACCCGCACCUGGACGACCAUGCCCCUGACAACAGCACCCCACAUCAUCAUCACAACCACCAUCACCAUGCGCAGCAGCAGGCGGGGCAGGGGGAGCAGCAGUUGCCAGUGGUGGGCCCGGAGCUGCUGGCAGCGCUGGCCAGGGGGCAGGUGAAGGGCGAGCAGCGCGCCAAGACAUGGCUCGCCAUCGCAUGCGCUGACCCCGAGGAUGAGAUCAUGAGUCGUCGCAACUAUCGUAACCUGCUCAAGCAGCCAUCCGUCUCCGCCAAUGAGAUACAGCGGGAUGUGAACCGCACGUUUCCGCUGCACAGCAUGUUCCAGGAGGAGAAGGGCGCGGGGCAGAAGGCGCUCUUCAACGUCAUCAAAGCCUACUCCGUAUUGGACAAGGAGGUGGGGUACUGUCAGGGCAUGGGGUUCAUAGUGGCGACGCUGCUGCUGCUGAUGGGAGAGGAGGACGCCUUCUGCUGCCUCGUCUUCCUGCUCUACAAGUGCGGCCUCCGAGGGGUCUUCCUGCCCGACAUGCAGCAGUUGCAAGUGCGCAUGUACCAGCUAUCGCAGCUGCUCAUAGACGCACACCCGGAGGUGCACGCAUACUUUGAGGAGCUCGAUGUCAAACCCGUGAUGUAUGCAGCGGACUGGUUCCUGUCGCUCUUUGCGCGCACCAUGCCACACUACAUUGUCUUCCGCGUCUUUGACAUCAUCUUUGCGGACAAGACAACGGCCAUAGUCUUCAAGCUCGGCAUGGUGCUGCUGCAGGUGUGUGAGCGGCAGCUGCAGCAGUGUCCGGAGAUGGAGUAUGCCAUGCACUUCCUGCGCGUCGAACUGCCCCUGCAACUCAAGGAGGUAUCGGAGGACUAUCUAGAGGAGCUAGUGAGCAAGGCCCUGCGCGUGCACCUUCCCUUCGCCAGCCUGCUGCGACUCGAAGCCGAGUACGAGUUGCUGGCGGGGGAGGCGGCGGCAGCAGCGCGGCAUGUGAGGGCGGCAGCAGCAGCGAGUGAGGCAGCAGCGCGGUCGCUGGAGUGCACGCGCAGGGACCUGGAGGUUCGCCUGCACCACGCAACCAGGGCGCGCAAGCAAUCACAUGAGCUGGCUGCGGUUUUCAAGAAAGCGAUAGCGGGCCUGCAGCAGGAGUCGCAGGGCGACGACGCGAGCAGCACAUCGGAGCAGAUAACACAGGAGCACAUGGCUCUGAAUGACCAUGGGGCGGAGGCAGCUUCUGAGGACGUAAAGGCGGAUGCCCCAAGUUCUGCCGCUGCAGCAGCAGCAACAGCAGCUUCGGAUGCUCCUGGUGCUGCCACGGCAGUGGCUGCACCGGCCGUGGACCAAGCAGGGCCGAACAGCGAGACAAGAGGUGGCGGCACGCGUGGGCGAAGUGUUGUGAGGGUGAGCAGCAGGAGCAGCAACGAGGGUGCAUGGGACCUAGCAGUGCGGUACUUUGAGUGGAAGGAGUGGAGUGAGGUGGCCGGUAACACAGCAACCCUGGCGGUGCUGCGGCAGGUGGAGGAGACAAGGCACGCGUGCCAUGAGACUCUCACGGCGCUUGCAGCGGCUGAGGUGGCUCUGGCAGAGAGGGCGGAGCAGGUGGCACAGGAGGGAGAGCAGGAGGGAGUGGUGCAGGAGAUGGUGGUGGUGUUGGAGGAGGGCUGCGAGGCGGGCGAUGGUGACGAGUACUACUGA